UGUACGCAGUAAUGUAUGACUCAACGUACGUCAUAUCAAAGAACACGGAACACGUCAUCCAGUGCGACUUUGAGAGAAACUGUGUUAGGUAAGCAAGAAAUGGCACAAGAACGAUUGGACUUUGUAAUAUUCGGAGCGACCGGAUUUACUGGAAAAUAUGCUGUAAAAGUUGCAGCACAAUUGGCUAAAGAAAAGCAGUUAACAUUUGGAGUAUCUGGACGUAGACAACAAGCUCUUGAAGCAGUUGUUAAGGAAUUUGCACCUAAUAUCGAUGAUGUGCCCAUAUUCAUUGCUGAUUUAAAAGAUGAAGAAUCUUUGAAGAAAAUGACUGCACACGCUAAAGUACUUGUUAAUUGCUGUGGUCCAUACAGAUUUUACGGGGAACCAAUUAUUAAAGCUUGCAUUGAAACACAUACUCAUCAGCUUGAUAUUAGUGGUGAGCCACAGUAUAUUGAGAGAAUUCAACUGAAAUAUGAUAAAGCAGCUGAAGAAGCUGGUAUCUACAUUGUAAGCGCGUGUGGAUUCGAUAGUAUCCCAUGCGAUCUUGGUAUAAUAUUCACACAACAGAAAUUUGAUGGCGAAGUGAAUUCCAUUGAAACCUAUCUGAACGCAUGGACCACGUCGAACGUUAGAGGAGCUCUCUUGCAUUAUGGAACAUAUGAAUCAGCUGUUUAUGGCGUGGCACAUCAUAACGAAUUGCGCGAGUUGCGUAGACAACUGUUUCCUGAAAAGCUACCUAAAUUUUGGCCGCAUCUCAAGACUAGAGGUCUAAUUCAUAGGUCUUCCUUGUCGGAAGGGUGGUCCAUGAUAUUUCUUGGAAGCGAUCGUUCCGUGGCUCUUCGUACUCAGCGAUUUUUAUACGAGAAAUAUAAGCAACGACCAGUUCAAGUUCAAACUUACGUUACAUUCAAAUCUCUUUUCUCGGCUUUGGCAGCUAUUGUUUUGGGUUUAAUAUUUGCAGUACUGGCUAGAUGGGAAUGCGGUCGCAAUUUAUUGCUAAAGUAUCCUACGAUUUUCUCCGGUGGUUACGUGAGUCACGAGGGCGGUAAACCGGAGGAUCUGGAGAGUUGUCACUUUUCCAUUACAUUUAAAGCAGAAGGAUGGUCCGAGAAAUUAGCUGAAUGUACUGAUAAACAUGAGAAUUCGCCGAACAAAGUACUAAUUACUAAAGUUAGUGGUACUGAUCCUGGAUAUGGUGCUACAUGCUCUAUGCUACUGCUCUCUGCUGUGAUGAUCCUUAAGGAGUCCAAUAAAAUCCCUGGAAAUGGUGGAGUACUAUCUCCUGGAGCUGCAUUCGGUAAAACAUCAUUGAUUGAAGAAUUAAACAAAAGGGAUGUAAGGUUCGAGGUUGUUUCCUCUCUCCAAAAGGUGUUAUACACGUUCUACAGUACAGGAUUCGCGGAAUCUCGUAAUGUAGUAGCUUUAUAUCGAUUGCAAGUAGUGAAGCGACCGCGCGCGAUUCUACAGUUUAAAGCAGACAGGACCGAGAGGAGCACCAUGAAUGGAAUAUCGAAAAUCGAGGACUUGAGCAUAUACGACGGGGAGGACGAUCGCACGAGGAUUAUAAAAAAACCCGUGCCGCUGAGGACCGUGUCGUGGUCGGAGAACGUCGAGGAGACCAAUUUAGAUAUUCCAGGGACGCCCAGGACUCCGCGGACGUCCACCACGCCAGGUCACGAAAAGUGCACAUUUCAUCACGAUUUAGAGCUGGAUCAUAGGCCCCCCACGCGCGAGGCUCUGCUUCCAGAAAUGUCUCGCAGUUAUAAGCUACUUUUGAGUUCUCUCGGCGAAGACCCCGAGCGGCAGGGUCUUCUGAAAACACCGGAACGUGCUGCGAAAGCUAUGCUGUUCUUCACGAAGGGCUACGAUCAAAGCAUCGACGACGUUAUAAAUGACGCGGUAUUCGACGAGGAUCACGACGAGAUGGUCGUGGUGAAAGACAUCGAGAUGUUCUCCAUGUGUGAACACCAUUUGGUACCGUUCUAUGGGAAAGUCUCGAUUGGAUAUCUACCUUGCAAGAAGAUCCUUGGUCUUAGCAAACUGGCCAGAAUCGUAGAGAUCUUCAGUCGACGUCUUCAGGUGCAAGAACGGCUCACCAAGCAAAUCGCAGUGGCAGUGACGAAAGCGGUGCAACCAGCAGGAGUGGCGGUGGUCGUUGAAGGAGUGCAUAUGUGCAUGGUGAUGAGAGGAGUACAGAAGAUAAACAGCAAGACAGUUACAUCGACGAUGCUUGGCGUCUUUCGGGAUGAUCCGAAGACUCGCGAGGAAUUUCUUAAUCUGGUUCACAACAAGUAAAUCUUCCCACGGGAUUUGUCGACGAUUGUUUUUCCGUUUUUCUUAUUACUGACCAUCUGAGACGCUCCUAAGGCGCGAUUCUUGUUGCACGUUUUUGUCAUACUGCUACCUCAUUAUAAAAAGGCGUCCGAGAACGAGAAAGAAGUUGCUUCGACAGCUUCUUCGCAACAUUCCUCUUACUUUUAUAAGGGAAACGUAAUUCGGAGGAACGUUAAAAAAGAGAAAAAUAAUAUUUCAGUUUAGUCGGGGAUAAUUCUGCCGAACUUGGACGAUGUUGUGUAAGACGUCUUUGAACAGAACGCUCUUAAACUGCUGAUUGAAUGACACAGAGACAAUAUGAUAGUUACACUUGUAAACUUUACGUAAGUUCUAUAGAUUGCUGGAAACGUUACCAGCGCUGGAACAAAAAGGAACUUACGAAUUGUUUCGAGAAAACGAAAGUGCGUCGUUCCCCGACGCAAGGGUCAGAUCCUUCUGAUAGUAUAUUAAUAACAUUGCCACUGCUGCUGGUCCAGCUGUAAUUAUACCUGUUCGAUUGUUACUUACGCGUUUGCAAACAUGUUUGUAAUGUUAUUAAUAUAUUCAGAGCAUAGUUGGAAACAUUCAAAGCCCCGUCGCUUAUGAAAAUGAACUUAGGAAAUUCCGAUGAUCGAAGGUUCCUCGAUUGGCACUGACUCUGCGACCGUUAGGACACUGACAGUCAACGGCCUGAUUAUUUGUGACAAUAUCGCAUUUUAGAUUCUAUACAUAUUAACAAUUUCGACUGAGAAGUGUCCGCGUCGUAACAGUGCAACCUGCCACCUUUCAAAUAUUUUAAAGGCGACAUAUCAGUUUCGUUCUCAGUUUGUAAAACGUUAACAGCCAUGCGUUUUACAACCAGAAACAUUAAAAAAAGUUCCGCGUUGUUCCAUUUAUUUUCUGCCACUAAUGUCGUUUUUUGAUAUUUUUUAGUCUUUUAUCAUACGAGCGCAGUCGCUUGUUAUGGAUUUAAAUCUUAAUAGAUUAAUUUCUUUUUGUGUUCGUAAUUUUGUUAAGAAACGUUAAAACAAUAGUGAAAGUUCCGACGCGCAAUGUUACAGCCAUACAAUGUGCGU